AUGACCUUGUUAGUGGGCGGUUUUGAGUCCCACGUUUUAUUCGACUCUGGAGCAUCGAAUUGCUUCAUUACACCGGAGCGUGCCGAGAAGAGUGGCAUCCGGAGUAGCGCGGGCGAGAGCGCGGGCAUGGUCAAGGUGGCGGGAGGUGGAUUCUUGUCUACUUUGGGCCGUGCUAGAGGAGUCGAGAUCGAGAUUGCGGGGCAGUCAAUGCCAGCAGACUUAGUCAUCAGUCCGGUGGAGCUGUAUGACGUUAUUCUCGGGAUGGACUGGUUGUCACACUACAGAGUUCAUCUGGAUUGCUACAGAGGUAGAGUGGUCUUCGAGCGAGAUGCAGGGAGGUUGGUUUAUCAGGGAGUGAGACCGACUUCCGGGAGUAUUGUGAUAUCUGCUAUUCAGGCCGAGCAGUUGUUAGAGCGGGGCUGUGAGGCGUAUCUGGCGACGAUUUCUAUGUCUGAGUCAGGAGCUGGAGUUGUUAUGGGAGAUAUUGAGGUUGUCCAGGAUUUUGAGGAUGUCUUUCAGUCACUGAAGGGAUUACCACCAUCUCGGUCUGAUCCUUUCACGAUUGAGUUAGAGCCGGGGACAGCACCGAUAUCGAAGACGCCUUACAGGAUGGCGCCAGCUGAGUUGGCAGAGCUGAAGAAGCAGAUAGAGGACCUUUUGUCUAAGGGGUUCAUUCGACCAAGUGUUUACAGGAUGGCGCCAGCUGAGUUGGCAGAGCUGAAGAAGCAGAUAGAGGACCUUUUGUCUAAGGGGUUCAUUCGACCGAGUGUUUCACCGUGGGGAGCACCGUACCCACUCCCGAGGAUUGAUGAGUUGUUGGAUCAGUUGAGGGGUGCUACUUGGUUCUCCAAGAUUGACUUGGCAUCGGGUUAUCAUCAGAUCCCGAUAGAUGAGGCAGAUGUCAGGAAGACUGCUUUCAGGACGCGUUAUGGGCAUUUUGAGUUUGUGGUUAUGCCUUUCGGUUUGACUAACGCGCCGGCAGCCUUCAUGAGAUUGAUGAACGACGUGUUCAGGGAGUAUUUGGACGUGUUUGAUUCAUCAUCGAUACUCGAGGAGUCAGGAGGAGCAUGCGACUCACUUGAGCGAGAGAUGGGAUUUCUUGGCCACAUUGUUUCUGCAGAGGGAGUUUCUGUGGAUCCGGCUAAGAUUGAGGCUAUCAGAGAUUGGCCUAGACCUAGUAGUGCCACGAGAUCAGGAGUUUUCUGGGUUUGGCAGGAUACUACAGGAGCUGAGUGUGAGGAGAGCUUUAGUCAGCUCAAGGAGAUGUUGACUACUACACCAGUGUUGGCGUUACCCGAGCCAGGGAAGCCUUACAUGGUGUAUACAGAUGCUUCAGGCAUUGGUCUUGGUUGUGUGCUGAUGCAGGAGGGCAGAGUGAUAGCAUAUGCUUCGAGACAGUGGCAGGGCAGUGAGCGUAACCGUCCUACACAUGACUUAGAGUUGGGAGCAGUGAUCUUCGCGUUGAAGAUUUGGAGGUCUUACUUGCUAGGUGAGACAGUACAGGUCUUCACGGAUCACAAGAGUUUGCAGCAUAUCUUCACUCAGCCGAUGAUGAACGCGAGACAGACGCGCUGGGUUGAGUUCUUGGCGGACUAUCAGGUGAGCAUUAACUACCAUCCGGGCAAGGCUAACCUAGUGGCGGACGCGUUGAGUAGACGGAGGUAUGAUUCCGCAGUUGAGCGAGAUGUGGAGUCUCUAGUUGGCGAGAUCAGUACCUUGCGUUUGUGUGCCAUUUCGCAGGAGCCUUUGGGUUUAGAGGCAGUGGAUCAGGCGGAUCUACUUAGCAGGAUCAGAGUUGCUCAGCAGAGUGAUCAGAGUUUGCUAGAUGCGACGAGAGUGACUGGUUCUGAGUAUGAGGUCUCUGCGAAUGGGACUAUCUUGGUUCGUGGGCGAGUUUGUGUGCCUAAGGAUGUGGAGUUGAGACAUCAGAUUUUGGGAGAGGCUCACGCGAGCAAGUUUUCCAUUCAUCCAGCGACCAAGAUGUACCAUGACCUCAAGAGGUACUAUCAUUGGGUCGGGAUGAAGAGGGAUGUAGCAGACUGGGUUGCGAAGUGCAACACUUGUGCCUUGGUGAAGGCAGAGCAUCAGGUUCCGGGUGGUCUUUUGCAGAGUUUACCCAUUCCAGAGUGGAAGUGGGACAGGAUUACGAUGGAUUUCGUGGUUGGACUACCUGUUUCGAGGACUUUCGAUGCUAUCUGGGUGAUUGUGGAUCGGUUGACUAAGUCCGCACAUUUCUUGGCCAUCAAGAAGACAGAUGGAGCUGCUGUCUUGGCUAGGAAGUUUGUGCGAGAGAUUGUGAGGCUGCAUGGAGUGCCAGCUAGUAUUGUGUCAGACCGUGAUCCCAGAUUCACUUCAGAGUUUUGGAGGGCGUUUCAGGCAGAGAUGGGCACUAAGGUGCAUCUGAGUACAGCUUAUCAUCCGCAGACAGAUGGUCAGUCAGAGAGGACUAUUCAGACUUUGGAGGAUUUGCUGAGGAUGUGUGUGUUGGAUUGGGGUGGCCAUUGGGCAGAUCACCUGAGCUUAGUUGAGUUUGCAUACAACAACAGCUUUCAGGCGAGUAUUGGCAUGGCUCCAUUUGAGGCUUUGUAUGGGAGGCCAUGUAGGACACCCCUAUGCUGGACCCAAGUGGGGGAGCGCAGCAUGUAUGGAGCUACUUAUGUUCAGGAGACGACAGAGAAGGUCGUGUUGUGA